AUGUACAAAGAUCAUCCACUGCUAGCUUCGGACUCUCUCCGACUCAUCACUCUCCACCCUAGUGGAAGCGAAGCCGCUAUCGAGGCAAGUGUGAAGACUGUUGAUCUUUCACUGAAGCCAACAUUUUUCGCUCUUUCAUACACAUGGGGGAACCCAGUUCAUGAGCGACAUCCUUACUACCGAGAGUACGAUGCUGUCAAAUACCACAUUUCAUGUGAUGGAGAAAUUGUCAUCGUUCAACAGAAUCUCUACGAAGCCCUGUGGCAGCUACGUGAGGAGCAGAUAUAUUCGCCCCUCUGGAUUGAUGCUAUCUGCAUCAAUCAAAAUGAUGACAAAGAACGAAAUCAUCAGCUUUCACUAAUGCCGCGCAUAUAUUGCGACGCCUCGUGGGUCAUUAUCUGGCUUGGAAGGGACGAUGCGAGUACUUGCGACGCUGUCCAGUAUCUGGAUAGUUUUCAGCAUGAUCUCGUAAUGGGAUCUAUGGUGAACCACCAGGAUCUCGCCAAGUUACUCCGUUCCAUUCCCAGUCGGCAGAAACAAGCUCUAAAUCUCCUGUUCCGAAGGAGAUGGUUCACUAGAGUCUGGACUCUGCAAGAAGUUCUGUUGCCAACGAGAACAAGAUGUCUCUGUGGACCUUACCAACUCGAUAUAGAAGCCGCUUGUUUGCUCGCCGCUCUCUCUCUCAGAGUCAUUUCCAGCGACCGAGCAACGGCAGGCCUAUUUGAAGACCUCGAUGAGCUUCUUAUCAGCCAGCUAGGAAGUGCGUCGUGUGUUAUUGCUUGGCAUGGUACGACCGGACCUGCAGGAGGCUUUGGCUCUAGAGCUCUUCUCAGGUACCCGGAGAUUGAUUAUAAGAUGGAAAUCCCACGAACUGUCAAAUGGCUGGUAGCCCUUGAGCUUUUCGUGCACGAAGCACGGCAUCGAAAUUGCAGCAAACUUGAGGACAAAAUCCUCGCUCCCCUGGCUUUCGCUCUACAUGAGCAAUUCGCCCCAGAGACUUCGGACUAUAUACCGUUGAGGAGAAGUGUCCAAAGGAUCAUUGACUGUCAAAUUCCAGUUACGGAACUGUAUCUCAAGUUUACACGGUUCAUGAUUGAUUCAAUGGCGAAUCUCGACAUUCUAUCUCGGGCUCAUAGAGAUUUUCCGCUCAACGACGCCACUGAGGAAUUAGACUUGCCAUCUUGGGUGCCGCGUUUCCAUGAGGCCGGGAGGACGUCACUCAUAGAUGAUAUUCUCUUCAGCCAAUAUAAUGCUGCGGCCCACCUUGGGCCAUAUGAGGCAAUUAAGCCAUCAGCCGAGAUAUCGGAGUUAUCAGUGCGAGCCAUUUUUUUUGCCCGAAUUGUCCAGAUAUCGAACUAUUCUGCGCCUGCUAAUUCGCCAACUGAGUGGCUUACCUAUGUGCACAAAUCCGAGCGAUUUAAGCAGGAGGUUGCCUCUAGCAAUUGCGGUGAUCUUGCACACGCGGUUACCCGGGCCCUCGGAGAUCGACUGAACGAGCUCAUAAAACGUAACGCAGAAGCGCAGAAGCGGAGAGACGAGUACCUGAGAUCUAUCAGCAGCGUCGUUGGCUUAAUCCAAGCGAAGACUCCGGUCUCGCGUAGAAACAUACGGAAGCUGUUUCGAUUCGACAUACGUGGCCAGCGCUUAAUCGGUGUUGCUCCUGUUGCUUCCCAGGAAUCGGACCAUCUCUGUAUUCUGCAAGGGGCGAAGGUUCCAUUCGUUAUUCGUGAGACCCUGGUGGCAGGUAGAUACAUGUUAGUCGGAGAAGUAUUCGCGGAGAAUUUCAUGCAUGGAGAACUGAGAUGCCUCAACUUCUCUGACAAGGUAAUUAUUCUUGUGUAA